AUGUCGUUCGUCUCAAUCCCCGAUAACUCACACUUCUCUUUACGCAAUAUUCCUUUUGGAAUCAUUUCCACUGCAGACCGAGAUCCCCGACCUGCCGUUCGGAUUGGUGACCAUGUCCUUGAUCUGAAGGUAUUUACAGCAUCUGGAGGAUUCUCUGGUUUAUCUAGUUUUAAGCAAACCAAUGUAUUUGAACAGUCCACUCUCAAUAAGUUUGCCGAGCUUGGUCGCCCUGUUCAUCGAGCCGUUCGCGAAUAUAUUCAAGAAGUCCUAAAAGCAAAUGGAAAGUUCAGCUCAAUUCUAGAAGAAAAUAAAGAGUUAAAAUCCAAGGCAUUGCUUUCAGUUGAUGUUGUUAAAACACAUCUCCCAUUGCAAAUUGGUGAUUAUACCGACUUUUAUGCAGGAAGAAAUCAUGCAUAUAACUGUGGUUGUAUUUUACGCAGCCCUCAAAAUGCACUUCAGCCAAAUUACUAUCACAUUCCUGUUGGAUACCAUGGAAGAGCCAGUUCAGUGGUUAUAUCAGGCACCCCGAUCCACCGCCCGUAUGGUCAAGUACUGACUAAUCCCAAGGCUGAGGUUAAGGUGCCAGAAUUCAUCCCAACUCGUCGUCUUGAUUACGAGUUGGAAUUCGCUGCAUUUAUUUCAAAACCUAAUGAUCUAGGUCAUAGAAUUGAUGUUAAUUCUGCUGAAGACUAUAUAUUUGGCUAUGUUUUAAUGAAUGAUUGGAGUGCUCGAGAUGUUCAAGCUUGGGAGUAUGUACCACUUGGACCGUUUACUGCUAAGAACUUUGGCACUGUAGUUUCGCCCUGGGUGGUCUUACAUGAUGCUCUUGUUCCGUUUAAAGCCCCAACUAUGGAAAGACCACCUGAUGUGGGUGAUGUUUUGGACUAUCUUAAGGAAAAUGAUUCCAAGUCUGGACAUGAUAUCGAUCUUGAGGUCGAAAUUCGAACUAAAGAGGGUCAAGUGUCUGUUGUUUCUCACAGCAACACUAAGUUCUUGCUAUUCUCGUUCCCUCAGAUGAUUGCACACCAUACCGUCACCGGAUGCAAUUUACAGACUGGUGAUUUACUCGGAUCAGGAACAAUUUCUGGUGAGAGUGAUGCCGCUUUUGGAUCUCUCCUGGAAAUCACUAAGGGUGGUAGCGUUGAUGUAAAAAUUGGCAGUUCUACCAGAAAGUUUAUUGAAGACGGAGAUGUAGUUACCUUCAGAGGGGUUGCCAAAGGUGAUGGAGAAGGUUUAGUAGGAUUUGGAGAUGUCGCCUGUCCUAUAUUACCGGCAAUUCCUUACGGGAAGAGUAACAUCUAA